UAACGAUAAAUCCCCGGUCACACUGCGUAGCAAGCAUUGUUUUGAUUUUGGGGCAACAUGUCAGAAAAUAAAGAUGAAAAGCAAAAGGCUAGUAAUCCUGAGAGUAAGCCAGAGAGAUCGCGAGGAAACAGGAGAAAAGACAGGAAGGAAAAAAGUAAUCCGACCGUCAAGAUAGUGAUGCGGCAUUUGCCGCCGACAAUGACGGAGAAGGAAUUCUUGGAUCAAGUGGGGCCGUUGCCGUCGGAAAGCGACUCGUACUAUUACUGCCAAGCAGAUUGGUCCCUGGGUCAUGACGCGACAUGCCGGGCAUACAUCGAUAUGACCCCAAAGGAUAACACCGAGCUUCUGCAAUUUCGAGAUCGAUUUGAUGGAUACGUUUUCGUUGAUCAAUAUGGCGUUGAAUACCAUGCCAUGGUGGAGUAUGCUCCUUUCCAGUGCUUCCUUAAGAACAAGUCCCGAACUGAUGACAAGGUAAACACGAUUGAGGCCGAGGCGCACUACCAGGCUUUUAUUCAGAAGCUGGCUGAUGAAAGAGAAGAGGCAAGCCGCAUAGGUGAAGUUAAGAUCGACCUGACGUUCGACCGAAAAUCUGACGACAGGGUGAGGUCCACCCCUUUGCUUCAAUACCUAGCUAACAAAAAGGAAAAGCGGCGGGAAGAAGCCCGAAAACGGAAUGAAGAGAAAAAGAAACACCGCGAGGAGCAAAAGCAAGUCAGAUUAAUGGAACAGUCGGAAAGCAGUAAGCCGAAAGAAUCCACUGCUGACGUUAGAAAGGAUACUGGCACCAAGCCCAAAGGCGGCACUAAAGAUGCUCAAUCCCAAAAUCAGACAACUGAAGGAGCAAAGAACUCGCGGUCAAAACGUCGGACGGAGCGCGAUCAACGUCGACGUGAAGAGCAUGAGCAGCGAAAGCUGGACCGCGAACGUGACCAGAAAGAUAUAAAGAAUCCUGAACGCCAAGAUAACCCCGAUAGGGAAAAGCCUUUCAGCAAUAAAAAUGGUAAAAAAUCGAAACAGCAGAAAGAUCCGAAUAAGCCAGAAAGAGAUAUUGCUAUUUUAAGAAAGGAAAGCAAAUUUGAUUUGAAAAAAUGUGAAGAGCUUCCAUCAGCGUCCAAGAAAACGAAUGUAGGUGAUUGUUCGGAAGCAGCGCAGCCAAAAUCGAAGGAAGAAAUCAGCGUUCCAGAUACCAUAAAGAAAACUGUUCAAGCUGUCAGCGAUCAAUCGGAAAACGACAAUUCGGCAGCUACUACGGUUCAGCCGGCCGGUCCAUCUAGGUCAAAAAGUUUCGAUGAUACGCGGAAAUCAAGCUUUCGAUCAUCCGAAGAGCGUCGCAUUCGAAAUAAGGAUCGUCCUUCUAUUGCAAUAUAUCAGCCAAAGGCUCGCGUUCGUAAGGGAUCGGGAGAUCAGUCUCAAAACGGUAACAAAGACGUCUCCAAAUCGCGCGACGAGCCAAUUUCGGAUGGAGAGGUUUCUUUAGCUGAGGAGAAGCCGGCAAGGAAAAACAAGAGGCCAGGUCGUCGCAAUAAGUCAAAGCCCUGUCAGGGUAUCUCCAAGUCUUCAGAAAAUAGCUGCAGUGCAAACGAACCGGCCAUCGUGAAAUAAGAAAAAUAUGUUUAUUUUUAAAUAAAUGAACAUUCACUCUUGGGAUGGGGCAGUUGCGUCAGUAGAACUCGCUCUCCAUAUCCAUCUGUGUACAAGUCCUCUGAUUAUUCUUAA